AUGCUCUCGGUGAUCGCGAUGCGUCGGCCAGAGGACGAGGAGCUUGGCCGAGGCGAUGGGGACGAGUUUGUGGACAUCUCCCAGAUGCAGUUGCUGGUGGAGGCGGGGCCCAGCGGGCUGCAGUACGGCGGGCCGCAACCGCCACUAGCGCAACCGGCGCCGUACGCGCAGUCGCACGCCAACACCACCUCAGUCGACGAUUUUUUAGCAUUUUACUUUACAUCGGCACCGCAUGAAUUGACAACCGUGUAUAAUUGUAACGAAGAGAAUGAGGACAAAGAUACAUUAAUUCCUAAUUAA